AUGAACGAAAAUUUAUUUGCCUCUUUUAUUACCCCAACGAUAAUAGGAUUACCUAUUGUUGUACUCAUUAUUAUAUUCCCAAGUAUAUUAUUUCCAUCAACAGGUCGACUGGUUAAUAACCGUUUAGUCUCAAUUCAACAGUGAUUAAUUCGUAUAACAACUAAACAAAUAAUGACUAUCCAUAGCAAAAAAGGACAAACCUGAACACUCAUACUAAUUUCACUUAUUAUAUUUAUUGGUUCAACAAACCUGUUGGGCUUAUUACCCCACUCUUUUACCCCAACCACUCAACUAUCAAUAAAUCUAGGCAUAGCUAUUCCUCUUUGAGCAGGUACAGUUAUUUUAGGCUUCCGUCAUAAAACAAAAGCAUCCCUAGCACAUUUUUUACCUCAAGGAACACCACUACCUUUAAUUCCCAUACUGAUUAUCAUCGAGACAAUUAGCCUAUUUAUUCAACCAAUGGCAUUAGCAGUACGACUUACAGCAAAUAUCACUGCAGGACACCUACUUAUCCAUUUAAUUGGAGGAGCUACCUUAGCACUAAUAAGUAUUAGUAUAACCACUGCCUUUAUUACAUUUAUUAUUCUAAUUCUAUUAACAGUACUGGAAUUUGCCGUUGCUUUAAUCCAAGCAUAUGUUUUCACUCUACUAGUAAGCCUAUAUUUACAUGACAACACCUAA